AUGUUAGAUUAAAUUGAUGAGUCCAUCGAUAUCUCUGUAAACAUGAAAUCUCUGAAACAAUCUAGUAAUAUCAUUACUAUCCAAAGAUCGUAGUCCAGAACAAAAGAUCAGUUUACUCAAAUUGACUAAAAAUUCUGAGCCACUAACUACUUAGAUCUUCAUUACUAUUCUUUGGUAUUAUUAAUUAGAGGAUAAAACUUAUGAAUUCUCCUCAAAUUUUAAUGAAACUUCAACUUUGGAUGAUAUUAGUAAUUGGCUCAUUUUAAAAUGGAAAGAAAAAAAUCUCCCGUCAUUUGAAACUUAGUCAAUUUAAUUUUAUUUACCUAAGAAAAAGUUUGGAAAACCUAAUGAAGAUUUCCCAUGUAUUUUUAAUCUUAAUGAAUUUAAUUAGCAUUUAGAAAAGAGCUCUAAUUAAAAGAUUGCAAUUAAUGCAGUUUUGCUCUCAAGGUUAGUGUUAGUAUGUGCAAUUCUACACUUCCUAAAAAAAGUGAAUCUCAAAAAACUUAUAAUAAUUCUCUUUCUAGAGAACAACGCUUUGAAAUUACUAAUUUAAAGAAGAAAAAAUAAAAAAAAUAUUUAUUUUGUUUUUGCUAUAGUGGUGAAUGAAUAAAUAUUAUAUAACUAAAAAAAAAUUAAAUCAAUAUAUUACUGUUAAAAUUUGAAUAAUAUGGAUAAGUAAAUGAUUUUCAGUUUUCAAACUCAAAAACCUAAAAUAAGAGAGUAGGUUAAAAGAUUAGAAUAUUUUCAAUAAGAAUUAUCAUAAAUUUAAGAUCUUUCAAGAUAGAAUAGAUCCAAAAGUUCAACAGAUAUGCACAGUAUCACCACGGCAGAUAGUAGAUAAUAUUAAGGUUAUUAUGAGGAAGUAUCUGCUUUUGCUAUACCAAAAAAAGAUAUUUUCAGUCAAUCUUUGAAUAAAAUCUAAAUAAAUUAACAAAACAAAGAAGUAUAAACUGAAAUUCUAAACAAACCAAAGUUAGAAAUUUUAUAAGAAAAUGUCAUGUAGUUACAAUUAUAAAAAGAGGAGAUAUUUAAUCAGAUUAAAACAAUAAAAAAAGAGAAUGGAUUAUUAAUAUCAUAAAAUAAAUCAUAUGAAAUAGAAAUUAGUGCAUAAAAGAACAAAAUAAACGAACUAAUUAAUGAGUAAAAUGAAAAAGAAUAAUUUUAUCAAUAGACAAUGUAAUAGUAAAAUUGGCAAAUUAAAUAAUUAACAAGUGAAUUAUAAUAGAUCUACAAUAAGUAGUAAUAGUAAUGUAAUAACUUUGAAGGAAAUAAUUCAAUUUAAUUGCUUAUUGCUUAAUUUUCACAAAUUGAAUAAGAUAAUAUUAUUUUAGCUCUGAAAGAAGUGAUAAAGAUUAAUAAAAAUGAGAGAUUAUAAGUAAUUAAAGAUUGGAUACAUAUUGAGAAUAUAAAAGAAGAAAUUAUUUAGUUAAAGAAACAACAUAAUAUAAAAUUGAAAGAAGUAAGAUUUUUAUUGAAUAUAUUUUAAGUUAAUGGAGCAAAUAAAAAUUCUUUAGAAUGAUUAAAUAAUAGAACCAGAAUUGUUAUCUACAUAAGAUUCGUUAUAAUUAGUAUCAAACAUUCUUUAUAGAGCAAUAAAAAGCAAUGAGAUGCUAAAAUUGAUUAAAUAGAAUACAAGAAUGUAUAAUUUGAUAGAAGAUUUGUGGAAUAAAUUAAAAUCUCGAUUAGAGCAUUCCAAUUUUUCAUAGUAACAUAUAAGAACAUCAUCCUUAAAUAAGGUUGAUUUAAAUUCAACAAACAAAAAGUUUUCAUGUAGAAAACAAUGA